CAACAUUAAACCGCAAUACUGGAUACAUUUCUAUUGGAUUACCGAAACUAUCUAUUACAGACAGCUAGGAUGCUUAUGCUUCAAUAUAGCAAACACAGUGAGUGCAUACUCCAGGAAAUUGGUGCUGCAUUUCGCGGUGAACAUCCAGCCGAUCUGUUGCUUGUGUGCGAAGGAAAGGAAACGUUAAAAGCACACAAGCUUGUGUUAGCUGCUGCUAGUCCGUUAAUUAGAAUGAUAUUAGAAGAUACACCAUUAGUAGAGGGCAUCACAACGGUCCAUUUUCCCGAUGUACAAGCAAAUUAUUUUAGAUUACUACUGGAUUUUUUAUACUCUGGCGAGACAUAUGUGCCUGCGAACGAGGUAGAUUAUGUGUAUGAAUUAUUAGCGUUAUUAGAAAUUAAAUCGAAUGUCUGGCGAAGCGGUAAUAAAAAGGAUCAAGAAUUACUUAAAAACGAAUCCCGCAUCGACAUCAACAGUAACGAAGGCUUACCACGACGAAAUCGAUCGCGAACCCGUUCAGGCUCUCUUUCCGCCGACGACAUUCCAAAUUCGCAAGGCGUCAAGCACGAACGCAACUUGGGCAGUUCGGGCGAAGAAGAUCGCGACGACGAGCUGUACAACGACGAGGAUUUGCGGAUACGAAGAGACAGCGUGCGACCCUCGUCAAAGGAUGACGACGAAAAUGACAGAGAUUCCGACGACGAUCGAGGGAGACGAAGUUCGGGAUCAUCGCAACGUCGCAGCUCGUCAGAUCCGAUGAAUUUAUCGGUCGUGAAAUCAAAUAACGAGGAUUCCGACGACGGAAAUAUCGACGUUGAGACAAUCGGCAAUGCGCCAUCCAAAAGUUUAUUACCAGCCCGAUUUAUGGACACGUAUCGGAAAAGGAAAGCGUUAUAUGCGCACGCAGAUUCGGAUUUGUUGAAACCGCCAGAGCAUGAAUUGUUGCACAGCUCUCCGGAUAAUUAUGUCGUGACGCCACACAGGAAACGACGACCAGGUUUUCACAAUUCGCCCGCACAAAACCCCCCAUUUACUCCAACGUACCUUGAGGAUUAUGCCAAUCGUGAACGAAAGGGUUUCCUUUCGCCGUCGGCUUCGGCGCCUCCAACUUACAUAACAGAUUUCUUAUUAUCAGGCGAAAGAUCUCAACGACCCACCGAUCUGCUGCAUUCAAAUAACCAUCAUCACAACAACAACAGCAGAAGGCGUCCUCCGAGUGCCGAUAACCCGUUAGCGGUUGCUCCAUCCUUCGUGUAUGCAUGGCCUCCGCCCGGCGCCUUAGCAGGUCUCCCGGGAUCGCCUGCCGACCUUUUGGGACUUCCGCCUUCGUUGCAUGCCAGUAGUGCGGAUAAUGCGAGCGACGCGAGUGGGCAUCAAAGUGUUUCGCACAAUUCGCGCAGUUCGAGUGCUUCGGUGACGAGUGCGGGCGGCGGAAAUGGCAGCAAUGGAAGCGGAGCGCCUGUACGGGAAUACCGAUGCGAAUAUUGUGGCAAGCAGUUUGGGAUGUCGUGGAAUUUGAAGACACAUUUGAGGGUGCAUACGGGCGAAAAACCGUUCGCGUGUCGAUUGUGCGUGGCGAUGUUCAAGCAAAAGGCACAUUUAUUGAAGCAUUUGUGUUCGGUGCAUCGAAAUAUCAUAAAUGCCCCGGAAGCGGGAGGGAGAUAUACUUGUUGCUUCUGUACACUGAUGUUCGAGACGCUGCAAGAGCUGGUGCGACAUUUGUCGGGGCAUCAUAACAAUUUACUGCUUAGCAAAAAUUUACAUGAAUAGUAUUUAAUCACUGUUAGACAAAUGUUUUUCUUUUAACGACGACUUAAUUUUAUUAU